AUGAAGUGGAGCGUCCGCGGGGCCUGCGCCGCGCUUUCCUCCUGCCUGCUGCUCGCCUGCGCACUCAGCGCCGCCGCCGUCGGCCUUAAGUGCUUCUCGCUGGGCUCGGAGCUGCGCGGGGAGCCGUUCCGACUGGGGGCCGCAGCCGGCGCCUUCUACUCGGGGCUGCUGCUGGCUGCCGGCCUUUCACUGCUCGGCGCCGCCCUGCUCUGCUGCGGGCCCCGGGACGCGCCCCUCGCCGGGCCGGGACCAGCGCCAGGCCCGGGGAUAGGGGUUCCCGCGGCUCCCGAGGGCGCUCCGGAGGCUGCACCCGGUGAGGCGGGGGCGGCGGCCGGGCCCCCGGGGCCGGUGAACAGCCAGAACCUGCUGCUGCUGGGCGUGCUUGUCUUCAUGCUCGGGGUCCUGAGCGCCUUCGCGGGCGCAGUGAUCGACGGCGACACGGUGUCCCUGGUGGAACGCAAGUACUCCCAUUACUGCCUGCCCCCGCGCUCUCCGGCCGCAGCCCCCAGCCCCGCAGCCGCGGCCCCGGGUCCGGCCCCAGGGGCGCCGCGCUCCCGCAGCACCCUGGACAGCGCCACGUCCGCCAAGUGCCGCCAGCUGAAGGACUACCAGCGCGGCCUGGUGCUCUCUACCAUCUUCAACUCGCUCGAGUGUCUGCUGGGCCUGCUCAGCCUUCUGCUGGUCAAGAACUACAAGUCGUCGCAGGCCCGGAGGGGUCGGCGCGGCCGGCGGAGGGCAGGUCGGGCCCUGGCGCGGCCCCGUGGCAUCCCUGGGCUCCGUGCGCAGCCGCCAUCCUCCCGCGCGCGGCGGGGACGACGGGGUCGGCGGGGGCGAAGGCUGCAGCAGCGGCCGAGUGAGGCCUCCAUCCUGUCCCCUGAGGAGUCCGACUUUGCCGCCCCUGGGGACUGCGCGGGCUUCGCGGCUCACCACGCAGUGUCCUACAUUAACGUGGGCGUCUUCCACGCAUUCGACGAGGCGGGCGUGGAGGUGUGCUGCGGCGGACACCCAUCGGUGGAGCUGCCCGGGUACGCGCCCUCGGAUCCCGACCUCAACGCCUCCUACCCGUACUGUUGCCGACCGCCCUUCGAGGCGGCGCGCCCCUGGGAGCCGAGGCGGGCCUGCUGAACCCCAGGCUGGGUCCCAGCGCUCGCGCCUCCCGCAAGAGCCCAGGGGAGGGUCCCAAGCCAGGCCUCCAGGGCGCAACAGCUCCGUGACCACUGGACGGUCCUCUGAUGUUAUUGUUUCUGUGUCCAGGACGUUUCUCUUCUCUGUGUCGUUCGUAUCCGGAUUCCAUUUAAAGUUUACAAUAAAUGUUUUGGGUCGGCUCGCCGACUGCACUUCUCUUUGGCAUCGGUUCCCUGGGCGGCGCUGAGGUCCCAGGUCGAGGGGCAAGAACAGAGCGCGCAGCUAGCGUGAUUUCCUGCGAGGACCUAGGCUGAGCGACAGACAAAAGCCAAGGUCCUGUAGGAACUCAGGGAGGAGUGCCAUCCGGCAGCAACACUGCGACCCCACGUGCCUGCUUCAGCCGACACUUUCUUACUGUAAAGCUCUCCAUAAACAGUGACUAUGUUUGGUAUGUUUAUUGCAAUUUGAAGUUGAUUUUUAUAGAGGUGAAAAGACAUCUACCGUGGAAACUAUAGAACAUGAAAGAAAUUGAAGAAGACACAAGAAGAUGGAAAGACCUCCCAUGUUCAUGGAUAGGAAGAGUUAAUAUUGUUAAAAUGGCCAUACAAUCAAAAGCAAUAGACAGAUUCAAUGCAAUCUCCAUCAAAGUAUCAAUGACAUUCUUCACAGAACUAGAAAAAGCAGUCCUUGGCUGGGGUUGUGGUUCAGUGGUAGAGCACUUGCCUCCUACGGGUGAGGCACUGGAUUCUGUCCUCAGCACCACAUAAAAAUAAAUAAAUCAAAUAAAGGUAUUGUGUCCAUCUACGACUAAAAAUGUAUUCUUAAAAAUUUUUUAAAUAUAUUUGGAAGAAGAGAAGACCCAGAACAGUCAAAGCAAUUCUAAGCCAAAAAAGCAAUGUUGGAGACAUCACAAUACCUGAUUUCAAAUUAGACCACAGAGAUAGAGUAACAAAACUGCAUAAAAACCGGACACACAGACCAGUUGUACAGAGUGUGAAGAGAGCCUCCUGGGCUGCCAGCGCGCUGUGCUGCAGUCCUCUUUUCUCCCCAGCUCCUCCCUGUGGGGUGGAAAUGUUCACCUGUGCCUGUCCUGCCAUCCUGUCCUGUAAAUUUGUCACUUUCUUUUUUGACCUUUACAGAGCUCACAGCUGAGUGUGUCUUGAGUCUCAGGGGAGACUGUGAACUUGGGACUUGGGACAGUGCUGGAACAGUCAAGACUUUGGGGGCCCCAGAGCGCGAGCUGGGUGAGUUUGCAUGGUGAGAUGGACACCAGACUUUGGGGGCCGGGGCAGAGUGCUACAGUUUGGAUCAUGAAUGUCCCCAAAAGUCCAAGUGUUAGAGGCUUGAUCCCCGAGGAGUUC